CUGGGACUUGCACAAGCUAGUUGCAGGCGCUUGCUUGCCCCAACAAACUGUCCACUUCGUGUCACUGUUGAUACAGGAGUCCGUAGGGGGGGCAGAGGCUAGCUUCUCUUUUAACGCGGGGGCUUUGCGGCAAAUAUGGCGCUCUCGCAAGUCAGCGCCGGCAUGUGCAACCCUUUGCUGCACUUUCCGGCCCUGACGACCUCUCCAUUUGUUGGGCCAACGUUUGUUUUGUAUGCAUCACAUUGCUCACCCGCAAGCAGCACUUGCAGAGCAAUUACCAGGAGUCGCCCUCAACGGGUUUACUCAUCAGUGGCCUUUGGGUUGACACCAGCGCCCUUGCUAGAAUCCUCUCUCUGUGGUGGUACUUUCAAUUCCAGGCGUCGUUCUUCUCAGCGUCGUUUGCGCACCCGAUUAUACGUUCACAAUUCCAAAAGUGCAGCGGUCAGUGCCGAAAAAGUUGGUGAGAGGCAAUGCAGCGCAAUCAGAGUGGAACAGGUCGUUGACGCGAGUGAGCAUGAUGACGUCAGCAAGGGGCGGAGGAUGGGACGGAGAAAUGUAUUGGAAUUGGCGGCGCUGACGAUUUUGGUGGGCAACGCAGCGAUCGGUGCGUCGCCGGCGCACGCAUACAAGCCUCCGCCAGAAGGUUUCCGCCGGUACACCGACCGCCUCGACGGGUUCACCCUCCUCGUUCCCGACUACUGGGUCCAGGUCCGGGGGAGCGGCGCUGAGGUGCAGUUCCGCAGCCCCCAGAACGGCGAUGAGAAUCUUUUCGUUGCGGUUAGCUCGCCGAGUUCUUCAAAAUACACCGGGGUUAAGGAUUUGGGUUCGCCAGAGGAGAGUGGGAAGUUCAUCAAGAAGCAGUACGUGGCGGAAUACAUGUCGACGCGGAUAGGCGUGCGGCGGACGGCGGAGGUCGUGAGCGCGAGCAGUAGAGAAGUGGAGGAGGGGAAGCCGUACUACCAGAUUGAGAUGAGCGUCAAGUCAGAGGCGAACUCGAACCAACUGGCGGUCACCCCCGAAGAGAGGGUGCCCUUCGUCGAGUGGGAGAGGAGAUACAUCACGGUUCAGGCGGUCGAAAAUAAGCGACUAUACGAGUUGCGGGUGCAAAUACCGGCUGAUAUCUAUGGGCGAGAGCGGGCCCUCUUGCAGACGGUGCUAGAUUCAUUCAGGACGUUCCCUGUUGAAAGCUUUGAAGGAGGCAAGCCUGUUUGGUUUAAUUCAAUCAAGCGCCUGGCCUGA